UAUACGCUCGGGUGGGUGGAUCAUAGUGGUGACAGCGACGAUCCGAGACUGUAGACAAACUGUCAAAAAGGACACAAGUAACGCCAUGGCGGAGUUAGACCUGAGUCUGAGCGACGCGCUGACGGACAGCGCUCCCCAGCCUGGCCCAGAGAACCUGGUGCAAAGGGAUUUUGUGGCUGAGCUGGAGGCGCAGGCCUUUGACGAUCAGGUCGGGGAGACAGUGGGAAAGACAGACUACAUCCCGCUACUGGACAAUGAUGACACCAGGGCAGACGCGGGUACUGCAAUGGAGAAUGGAGAGCAGGAAGCUCAUGGGGUGCAAAAGCCUGGUUGUAAGCUGACUUCAGGGGGACAGAUAUCAGCACUGCACCCGGAGCCACAGGGAGAGGUGCGGCUGCACUCACUUGACCAGCAGCAGCAGGCCUUGGCUACAGACUUCUUAUCAGUCUCCAUGGCAAGUUUUUCUGAUCCUCUGGGCUCUCAGACCAGCCCUGCCCAAAAGAUGGAUACUAACCUGAUAGGAGCUUUUUCAGGUUUCUCCCAGCCUGGAGGGAUGGGGAUGAAUGUGGAGGUGGGAGCUGCACCCCUCCAAGCAGAAAAGCCUUCAAGCAUAGCAGAGCCCCUGAAUCCCAUGCCUCCAGCAGGUUCAGUCGCCCCUAAGGAGCACAGCCCUAUGCUGCCCGAACCGCAAGCUCCUCGCAGCCCUUUGGAUGUAUCAGCGGGUGCCUUAGGCUGGCCAGACCAGGCUGGCUGCCUAUCAGCAGACCUCCCUUUUACUCCAAGUGUCACCACGGUGAUCGCUCGACAUGCCAGCCACCUUGCAGCCAGCCCCGAUGACCCACCUGACAAUUGGCCUAGCCGUGAGAGCGCAGCCUAUGCUGGAGGCGACGAAAGGGAUGGAGAUGGAUCAGACCGAAAACAGAAGAAGAAGAAGAAAAGACGACAGAAAGAUGAGGGAUCCUACGAGCACCCUGAGAUGCAAGCACUGGGAGAAAACACCCGACCAGCAGAGGAGUUCUAUCAUAGGAUUGGCCCAAGGAGGGAUAGAGGAGACAGUGGUUGGGAGGAACAACUUGGGAAGGGUGGAGGCCGAGGGAAGAAGGGGAAGAGCAGGAAGAAGCUUCCAGAGGAGUGGGGAGUGUCAGAACCAUUUGUUCCUUCAUCUGCAGUGACCGCUAAUAUUACAGAGGAGGUCAUGAUGGAUCUCGAGACCUCAACUCAGGCCAACCUGGGGGCCUAUUCAGCAGAAACAGACACAAGCCAGAGUCCCUGGAAAAAGGAGGUCUACUCAGAGGAAAGCCUGAUCUCUUCCCCUCUGUCCCAGGAUCUUUUCUCACCAACAGAUGCUUCCAUUAGCCCAAUGGUCCUGAACAGUGAGCUGAAAGCCACAGCAGCUCCAUUCACCAUGCCCCCUCCCACCAACAACAAAUCACUUGGCUCCUUCCCCAUGACUCCUCCACCUGGUGAUCUAUUUGAUUUCUUGAUGGAUGCCGAAAAUGCCAGCCUGGGUGACAGCAAACAGGCUGUUUCACCAUCUUUUUCUACAGAGAAUGAAGCGGCAGUCAGUAAUAUAGUUGACAGCAGCGUGUUUGACAACACCACUUCUCUUCAAGAAUGUUGUGAGCAAGGCAUGCCUGAGGCAGACACCUCAGCUUUUAUCCCUGCGUCCCAAACAAGCCCAGGUUUUUCACCUAAAGGUGAGGUGCUAGCCUCAGCACCACCUCUGUCACCUUCUGAUGCUUCAUGGGUUCUGAACAGCUCCAAUAUUAGCAGCAACAGCGAAUUAUUUAAUUUCACUGACAUGAGCAGUCUAGGUCAUCCUUUACCUCUAGGCCUCUCCUUUGACACCCCAAGCCCAGCACCUCUCCGUUCCCCAAAAACUACAGCACAGGAAUUCCAAGCCAGAGAGCUCAAGGAAGCCAAAUCAACUCAGAAACAAUCUAAGAAGUCACGCUCCUCAUCUUCUUCGUCCUCUGUUAAGAGUCCAACCUCCCCGGAAGCUAAAAGGUUCUCUCCAAUGGCAUCCCCUGUCACCACCCCCUCUUCCCCUCCUUUGGUCACCCCUCUGGGAGUUCCAGGAUCUGGUCUUAAUCCUGCAGCUAAGCCCUUCUUUCCCAGCUUUGCCGAUCCCAUGGAAGAACCGGCUGUGGCUCCUCAAGAUGUUCCCUUCGUCGAAGUAAAAUCAGGCAUGAUAGAGAAGAAGGAGGAGAAGAAGGAGGAGAAGAAGGAGGAGAAGAAGGAGGAGAAGAAGGAGGAGAAGGUGGAGGAGAAGGUGGAGGACAGCGUGAAGAAGGUGGACCUGUUUGACCCUCUGGAUAAAGCUGAGCACAAGAGCGUAAAGGUUGAGUUCGCAAGCAGCGAGACUCCAGCCAAGGUGGAGAAAGUGAAAGAUAAGGAGCCAGAACAGGUUAAAGAGGAGGAAGUGGCAGACAAAAUGAAGGAGACAGAAAAACAGGCAGAAAAGGUGGAUGAUAAACAAAAGGAGACAGGAAAGGUAAAAGUGACAGAAGCAGAGAAAGUGGAGCCCGUGCAACAAAAGCCUGAGAAGGAGGAUAAAAUCAAAGUAGAAGAAUAUUCAGACAAAUUGGAGGUAAAUAAAGUAGACAAGGUAGAGAAAGUGGAAAAAGUGGAGAUCACAGAUGAGGUAGACUCUAAAGUUGAGAAAGCAGAGAAUGUGGAAACAUUUGCACAAAAUGACAAGUCCAAAGUGGAGGAAGAAGCAGAGAACAAGGCCACAGAGAAGACUGCGAGCACAGAGAUGAAGGAUGGCAAAGAGCAGCACAUCACGGAAAAGACCCCAGAGCAGCAGCCGAUAUCCGUCAAGCUUGAUAGCAGCUAUGACAAGACAGAGAAGAAGCCUGACACGGAGACAAAGGUGACAGCAGAGGCGGAAGACACCAAGAUAGAAAAGGCGGACACAGACGAGGCCAAGAAGACGGAGAAAGAGGACGAAGCGGGAAAGCCGUCUGAGAAGAAAACAACAGAGAAGAACGAAAAGGAAGAGAAUCAGGCCAAAACCCAGGAAGAAAAAAAGACAGAUGAGAAGAAAGAUGAAAAGAAGGACAAGGGCACAAAAGCAGAAGGAGAGAAGACGAAGAAACCUACAAAACCUGCAACUAAUGGAAGCGUUGCAACACCGAGCAAAGACCUGGCAACCGCAGACAAGAAGACCAAGCCCGCUGCCGGGGCUACCAAACCAACCACAGCUGCCAAAACUCGUCCAAGCACUGCAGCUGCUGGUGGUUCAGCUGCAGCCCCAACUAAGCGUCCCACAUCCUCCGUCACCACCAGCGCCCCCCACACUACAGACAAAAAAACAGCCACAGCUAAGGCACCUUCCACAGCUGCUGCAGGGCCUAAGCGGCCCUCCACAACUUCCGGCAGCCGCCCCAUAUCCUCCUCCACCAACACUACACGCGAUGUUAAAGUCAAGACAACAAUAGAGAAGCGCCCCAUGGUGCCAAAAGCCGGCACUGUCACCUUAAAUCAAGCGGGCUCUGCUACUGGUGCCACCAAAAAUGCAACUGCUACCACAGCAGCCAGUAAAACCACUGCAUCAGUGCGCACAGCAGGAUCUACUCGCACCACUACUGCUGCUGCAGCAAAAAAGCCUCUGGCCUCUAAGACAGACAGUAAACCAGGAGAGGAGAAGAAACCCAGCACUCCGAAGACUUCAACAGCUGACUCAAGCAAGCCCAAGAGCACUAUCACCCGCAGCACUGCUUCCACCAUCACCGCUGCCUCCCGCACACGAACCACAGCAGCCAAACCAGCAACGCAAUCCUCCACCACAGGCACAGUGCCAGAGAAGAAACCCCCAGUGCCCCGCGCCCCGCGGGCUGUUUCUUCAGCCUCGGGUACCACAGUGACCACCGCUUCCAGGACCACAACUCGCCCCGCCACAGCUCCAGCCCCCGAUGUCCGCAACAUUCGCUCCAAGAUCGGCUCUACAGACAACAUGAAGCACCAGCCUGGAGGAGGGAAGGUGCCAUCCUCCUCUCAGAGCAGGAGUUUCGCCUCCAAAGAAAGCAGCCAGGGCAAAGUGCAGAUACUCAACAAGAAGGUGGAUGUCAGUAAGGUGACGUCAAAGUUGGGCUCCAAGGACAACAUUAAGCACAAGCCUGGCGGUGGUGAUGUGAAGAUCGAGUCCCACAAAGUGAACUUUAGGGAAAAGGCGCAGUCCAAAGUGGGCUCCAUGGAUAAUGUGAGCCACUCACCUGGUGGAGGAAAUGUCAAGGCUGAGGGGGCGCAGGAGACAACAGAGGGGAGUGGGACCCCCCUGAAUGGCGGCCCUGCCCCGGCCCCAGGCUACGAGCCAGGGCAGGCUGGGGGCCCCGCUGCCCAGAAGAAUGGGCUGAAGGAUGGGGCUCCCUGUCAUAGUGAGGGCCUCCAGGAGCCGCAGGCUCUGGACUCACACAUCCCAGAGACAAAUUGAGUUUUUCAAGCUCAACUUCCGCGAGAAUGCUCGCUCUCGCACGGACCACGGCGCUGAUAUCAUCACCUGGCCAGCCCCACAGGACAACAACAGUAACAGACCCCACCCACAUGGUUCCUCUUAUUCUCUACACACCAACAACCACCACCAACCAACUCGUAGUGUCUCCCUCAUCGAUUCGCUGGCUUCCGCUGGCUACUUCAGCUCCCCCUCUGCCCCCUCCUUGCUGCAGCUUCAGGCGGAGGUCCAGGGGGUCGACUGCAGCAGCUUCUUAAAGGGAUCUUGACCUUUUUGACCCCUCUUAUAUCUUCAACCUAUUGCAACAUUUUGAUUCAUGAAGUAGUUCCAUCAUGUCUUUUUUCUCACAUUAAUUGUGCGCCAUUACCCUCACCCUGCUAGAUUUGGCUGAAGUGACUGUACAGACUGUGCUUGGGCCUUGUGAGAAUCUAAGUAAAGGGGAAAAGGGGGGGCAGUAGGGUUUUCUCACAUAUUUGGUUUGUGUGGAGUCACAGGGUUUUGCUUUGCUCCACUUCACCCACAGCCUUGUGGCAGACUGCGCUCUCACACCCCUGCUUCAUCUGUUCUCUGCACCCACAGACAACAGCAGCAAUCACUUCAUUCAUCUGCUAAACAGCAUGGAAACCCUGUCAGGCUCACCUCUGGCUUCUCUUUCCCAUGUGACUUUAAGGACCGUUUGUUCCCUGUAUCCACUUACACUCUGCUUCAAUAACAUCAUAGUAGCUCAUCUCGCCACCUCCUCCUCUCUCUUCACUAUCACUUACCAUAAACACGCUGAUGAACAAAAAAAAAAAAAAAAAAAG